CUGUAGGCACCGCCUGACUGUCUUCUUUGGAGAAACGACGCCGAAUUAGAAUUAAUGUUCCUUUUAAAAACCCACUUUUUCCGACUGUCAAAACGACCACACGCACACGGUCCCAUAGAACAACAGCGUAGUCGGAAUCGGAACAACCUAGAGCACUUCCGCCCGUCUGAUUGGUUGGAGUCCGAUCCCGCCUCACCGCCCCGACGCUCCCAUUGGCCUACAAGUGUUUCCAGUCCCGCCCACAUCCCCCAUUUCCGUAUUCAACAUGGCGGCGCCCAUGGGUGUGUUUCUGCGCGGCGGCUUCGUGUCGCUGAAGAAGCCGCUCGAUCCCCGCCGGUUCUGGGGGUCAGCCGGUGGGGUGGGUCGCCGCUGCAGACACACGGGCCGCAGCAGCCUGUACGAGCACGUCCGCGAGGGCUACAGCGACAAGCCCGUGCUGGACAUGCGCUUCGUGUGUGAGCACACCGACAGGGUCAUCACAGAAGUGGAGAGCAGGAAAGGGGACCUGCGGGGGGAGGACGUGCGAGGGAUCGUGUCCGUGUGGCAGGAGCUGCAGGCGGUGGGCGAGGAUAUUGCGCGCCUGGAGCAGGAGAAGAGGGAGGUCAGCGAGAAGGUCCGGGCCCUGGUGGAGCAGCAGGACAAGGCUGUGCUGCCCAGUGUAAAAAAUAUGCGAAAUGAAGACCCUUUUCCUCUCUUCCAGGGCUUCGUGCCAAUGGUGGUGCCAGACAUGCUGAAGGGGGCUGUGUUUGAAGGCUGUGGGAUGCAGCCCCACGCCCAUCAGUCCCAAGUCUACUCCCUGGACCCCUCGCGCUUCCCUGAUCUCAACCUGGCCGGCACAGGGGAGGUGGGGGUGGCGGGGUAUUUCAUGGACCAUGCAGUGAACUGGAGGGACUUGCCGGUGAGGACCGUCUGCAGCAGCACGUGUUACCGUGCUGAGACAGACACGGGCAGGGAGGCCUGGGGGCUGUACAGAGUGCAUCACUUCACCAAGGUGGAGAUGUUUGGCGUGACUGCAGAUGAGACGGGCCAGGAGAGCUCAGAGCUGCUGCUGGAGUUCCUCUCCCUGCAGAAGGAGAUUUUCUCUGACCUGGAGUUGCACUACAGGGUGCUGGACAUGCCCACCCAGGAGCUGGGUCCUCCCGCGUACAGGAAGUUCGAUAUCGAAGCCUGGAUGCCUGGAAGAGGCAGUUUCGGGGAGAUCUCCAGUGCCUCCAACUGCACGGACUACCAGAGCCGGAGACUCCACAUCAUGUACGAGAACGAGGAGGGCAGCCUGCGCUACGCACACACUGUGAACGCCACAGCCUGCGCAGUGCCCAGGACCAUCAUCGCCAUUCUGGAGACCCACCAGACCAGGGACGGGACCGUGCGUGUGCCGAAGGUCUUGCAGCCCUAUCUGGGGUCAGAGGUCAUCGAGAAGCCCAGGUGCACCCCCCUGAGAUACAUCGGGCCGAACCAGCCUCACCAGCCCAUCCGCAAGACGGGCUGAACCCCCCCCACCAGCCAUCCCGCGAAUCGAGUCUCUGCCGAGGAGACGCUACCCGAACGCUGACCCGGCCCAGCCCGAGGGGAGUGACCCAUUCCAGGGGGGCGGAACAAGGUUUGCGCUACAGGGAGCCUGUUCCUGUUUGUCAUCCAACCUUCACACGCUUUUAAUCCAGUCCGGUAGUGCUCAGACUCUGCUUUCACUGCCCUUGUGGGGGAAAAACAAGUCUUUUGUCUCUAUUGUAAAUAAACACCUGAAUUCGACAAUAAA